AUGCCCUCGAUACAUGACCUCUUACUGGACUUGAAGCAAGGCAGAGACCAUAGUAAGCAGACUCUCAAGGGCCAAUGGGGCUCGGUUAAUGCCGUGGCCUUCUCGCUAGACAGCAGGACUCUAGCGUCGGCAUCUGACGACAGGACGGUCAGGCUAUGGGACGGCGGGUCGGGCGUGCUGCUGCGGAAGCUCAAGGGCCAUUCUAAUUGGGUCAGGGCCGUGGCCUUCUCGCCGGGUGACAGGACGCUGGCGUCGGCAUCGCGCGACAGGAUGGUCAGGCUAUGGGACGGAGGGUCGGGCUCGCUGCUGCAGACGCUUAAGGGCCAUUCGGACAAUGUUCGGGCUGUGGCCUUCGCGCCGGACGGUUGGACGCUGGCAUCGGCAUCUGACGACGGGACCGUUAAGCUUUGGGACGCCGGUUCGGGCGCGGAGCUCCAGACGCUUACGGACCAUUCGGGUGAUGUCGCGGCCGUGUCCUCCUCGCCGGACGGCAGGACACUAGCGUCGGCAUCUCACGAUAGGACGAUCAAGCUAUGGGACGCCAGGUCGGGCGCGCUGCUACAGACGCUCGAGGGGCAUUCGACCUGGGUCAGGGCUGUGGCCUUCGCGCCGGACGGCAAGGCGCUGGCGUCGGCAUCUAACGACGUGACGAUCAGGCUAUGGGACGCCCGGUCGGGCGCGGCGCUGCAGACACUCAAGGGCCAUUCGACUGGCAAGCUAUGGGACGCCGGGUCGGGCUCGCUACUGCAGACGCUCGAGGGCCAUUCGAGCUGGGUCAGGACCGUGGCCUUCUCGCCGGACGGCAAGACGCUGGCGUCGGCAUCUGAGGACGGGACGGUCAGGCUAUGGGACGCCGGUUAUAAUCUUUCUUAA